AAACCCUGUGUGUUUGAUAUGGAUUUGGAGAACCAGACACGGGUCACCAAGUUCAUCCUGGUAGGAUUCCCUGGGAGUCUGAGCAUGCGAGCAGCAGUGUUCCUGAUGUUUCUUGUGGCCUAUAUUCUGACCGUAGCUGAAAAUGUGAUCAUCAUCCUACUGGUGCAGCAGAACCGACCACUGCACAAGCCUAUGUACUUCUUCCUGGCCAACCUGUCGUUUUUGGAGACCUGGUACAUCUCUGUGACUGUGCCCAAGCUGCUGUUCAGCUUCUGGUCCGUAAGUAACAGCAUCUCCUUCACCCACUGUAUGAUACAGCUUUACUUCUUCAUUGCACUUAUGUGUACGGAAUGUGUUCUCCUGGCUGCCAUGGCCUAUGACCGUUAUGUGGCCAUCUGCCGCCCGCUGCACUACCCCACCAUCAUGAGCCACGGGCUCUGUUUCCGUCUGGCUCUUGGUUCCUGGGUCAUUGGCUUUGGCAUCUCUUUGGCAAAGAUCUACUUCAUCUCUCGCCUCAGCUUCUGUGGUCCAAAUGUCAUCAACCACUUCUUCUGUGACAUCUCUCCAGUACUUAAUCUCUCCUGCACAGACAUGUCUAUUGCCGAGUUGGUGGACUUUGUCUUGGCUCUGAUCAUCUUCCUCUUCCCACUGUCAAUCACUGCUUUAUCAUAUGGGUGCAUUCUGGCCACUGUGUUACGCAUGCCAACAGGAAAGCAAAAAGCCCUUUCCACCUGUGCUUCCCACUUCGUGGUGGUCACCAUCUUCUACUCUGCCACUAUUUUCAUGUACGCCCGACCCCGAGCUAUUCACGCCUUCAACAUGAACAAAGUCAUUUCCAUCUUCUAUGCCAUUGUCACCCCAGCCCUCAAUCCUUUCAUUUACUGCCUAAGGAAUCGGGAGGUCAAAGAAGCUCUGAAGAAACUGAUCUAUUGCCAGGCCAUUAGAUCUGACUAGUCUGUUCUGACUGGUGGGAAAGAAAAGACUGUCUUCUCUGUUUUCCUUUCUCUUU